ACGCGCGAAUCAGUAGUGUAGAGUUACGUAAGCGGUAAGCCUCCAAGAUGGUUCAUUGACACCGCCGCUUGUGUGUUUGCAAUGGAGUGCUUCGAACGACUUGGGUUUGGCGCUUUUCAAUGACGAAAAAUGCGCCCGUCAUAUAUUAUUAACAAUUGGGAAAUGAUAAAAAAUAUGACGCUGAACAUACGUGCGAUCGGGAUAGUCGCAUCACUUGUCAUUGCAUGGUGCUUAAAACACUAUUGGUGCACUGAUUGCAUUUCGCUGGACAGAGAUAGUAUUUUUCAAUCAUGCCAAUCGGACGGUAAACAGGCGGAUCUCGGUCGUCAGCAAGAGGAUCAGGACACAGGGUCAACGACCAAAACAGCUAUGGUUGGUGUAAGCUACUCUAGGAUGGCAGCCCAGGCGGCCUUUCGGGCGGUUAUCUUGGGCGCUCCGGGUUCCGGCAAGGGCACCAUAUCUGCCCGCAUCGUCAAACAGUUUGACGUCAAGCACAUAUCCAGCGGUGACAAGCUUAGGUACCACAUCGCCAAUCAGACCGACCUCGGCAAGAAAGUGAAGAAAUACUUGGAUUCCGGAAUGCUUGUGCCGGACGAAACGAUGAUAGCGCUUAUCAGCGAAGAGAUCAAAACUUUGGAAGGUCGAAAUUGGCUUUUGGACGGUUUUCCUAGAACAGUGCCACAAGCCGAGAUACUCGAGUCCAUUCACCCGAUAUCAUUGGUUAUUAGUCUCAUAGUCCCAGACUCCGUGAUUUUAGAAAGAGUCAAGAAUCGCUGGACCCACUUACCGAGUGGUAGAGUCUACAAUAUUGGAUUCAACGAUCCAAAAGUUCCGGGCAAGGAUGAUGUAACGGGUGAAUCACUAUGUCAACGCCCAGACGACCAACCAGAGAUCGUCCAGCGUCGACUGGACGAGUACUUGACGAAAACAAAGUCGGUAAUCGACUACUACCAGAAACGUGGACUCUUGCGCGAAUUUACAGGCGUCAGCACCAACGAACUCUGGCCCAAGAUUCAAGAGUGCAUAAUGCCCCUACUUUGAAUGCGACGAACAUACCGAGUAUUUCGAUGGCCUAAUUAUUUAUGUUUAUAAGUAAUUGGUCAAGACUUGGCGUGACGACACGUGCGAUUCGUAUAGGCGUCAAUGUGUUGAUGGACAAUAUUUUCCCCGAAAGUAAUGAUUAUUGCCGAAGUGAAUGGUGACGAUUGUUUUGUAAUGAAGAAAUAUGUUGUGUAAUAUGUAGGAUUUUAUUAUGUUUAUUAGCUUGCAGCUGAUGUAUAAAAGACAGUUGGAUUUUUCAAUACAAUAUUUUUAAAAAGUAGAUUUGUAAUGUGUCGGUACUACGGUAUUGUACUGCGGCCGCAGCUAACUGUAUGCUAAUGUAGAAUAAGGUGAAGUCUGUAAAAAUUACUGUAUAAUCGCUGAUAGAAAUAAAAAUAUUUAAAAUGGCUCGAGAACUAAAAAAUGGCUAUGAGAAAUAGUAAGCAACCAUAGCCUGUCAUGAAACAUCUUUUCUCACAUUUGUUGAACAUUUGAUUGCAUAAAUAUUAUUCUGAAACAAUCAUUAUGAUUUUACUUCUGCAUUAAAAGUAAAUUUUGCAUAGCGAUUUUACAGUCAUUUACUACAGCUGUCAUUUCUAUAUUGUUUUACCUAAAAUCUAAUUUAUAUUUGUAACAGUACAGUAAAAUUAUAAUACCUAAUGUUAUGUUUACUUAAAACAAUGCUUAAAGAGGUUUGAUUAAGGCGUUUUAUCGCAUUGUUUCUUAUAUAUGAUGAUGAAAAUGAAAUCUUAAAAUUUUGCGCUACCGUUCAUACUGUUAUACGUUUGACAGGCAUCUCAAAUGUCGAUGAUAAAUAAGUCAGGUACAAAAUUAUAUGAUGUACCUUCAGUAAAACAAUCGCAAAACAACGGGAGAGUAAAAUAUACAGAUGUAUGAUGUAAUUCUCUUUAUUUUUUAUGCAAAUAACAACCAACGAUUACAUUUCUUUA